AUGACAAGAAUCAUCUUUGUCCUCACCAUCCUCGACCUUCACUGCACCUGUGGUCUACCUGCAUCUCCAUCCCUUGGUCCAGUACGGUUCGUCUCUGCCAUCAUUCUCUAUCCCUUGCGUGUGUCAAUUGAGGAGGAAGAUUCGGUGAUUCACAUCGCCUUUCCUUUGUGUUGUCUCAGUAUAUGGGGCCAGCAGCCAAGCGGGCAGGCUUUGUGA